AUGUCGGAGUCAUUAGACUGGGUGUCUUCCUUCGUGGAGGGCGCUCCUCCCGGAGAGCUGGGCGAAGUUGUCAAUGAUAUCAAGAACCUCACGAUCUCCACGCCGAACCUGGUUAAGUCGCUCGGGCCCGCGUUCAAGAAAUACAAUGAGGAGCAGUUCAUCACAGUGAAGCUGCCCGGGAGCAGCCAACAGGUCAUCGUCAGCUCGCACAGCUCGCUUGGAGGCACGCAAUACUACGAUGUGGAGAGCUCGUCGAGCUUCGACUUCGACCACGCUACACAGAAAGCAAGCGGAGUACAGAGCUAUGUCCUGGAGGGCCAACAAGCCGACCUAGUAAAAUCAACACUCAAGAGCCUAGGGCCAUAUGUCAAGGAGCACUUUCCGAAUGCUGCCUACGGUGUGUACCCGAUCGAGGACGACUCUCGGCUAGCCAUCAUCAUCGUGGCCAACAAAUAUAGCCCGAACAAUUAUUGGAACGGCCGAUGGCGUUCGCUCUACAUUUACGACCCGGCAGGAGGGAAGCUAGAAGGCAGCAUCAAGGUGGAUGUUCACUACUAUGAGGAUGGAAACGUCCGUCUUCUAACAGACAAGCCCGUGACGGCAUCGAUUCCAUCAGGGACGGGAAGCGGCAUCGCGAAGGAGAUCUCGACGGCAGAGAAGAGGUACCAGGAGGAGCUGAACAAGGGAUUCACAAGCCUGAGCGAGGGCGCCUUCAAGGGACUGAGGAGACAGCUGCCAGUGACGAGGCAGAAGAUCGAGUGGGACAAGGUGGCCAGCUACCGCCUGGGCCAGGACAUUGGCGGUGGCAGCUCCAGACGAUGA